AUGACCUCGCCGUUUCAUCCUUCACUGGCGACGCGCCGACCUGCGAUUCCCCGCCCCGCGCCAUCCUCUCAUGCUGACUUGUUGCUGUGCGAACUGAUCCCGCUCAAAUCGAGUGGCGCAAUGCCAGGGACACUCUUGCCCCCGAGAUCAAGCCGGCAGCACGCACAGAUGGAUCGAACAUCUGCGUCCCGGCCGGACUUUUACCUGAUCAAUGAUCAAGACACGGUCUACGAACAAGAUUUGCUACGCAAUGCCGGUAGCACAGGUAGUGUCAAGCCAUGGCUUGCCUACAUCGAAUUCAAGAUGCAACACGGUACGCUCUAUGAGCAAGCCUUUGUUCUCGAGCGUGCCUGCAGACAGCUGCCCCGAUCCCACAAACUAUGGAAGAUGUACCUCGAGUUCCGAACGAAACAUCUCAAGGGCCGGGACCAAACGGUUUACCGAGCUGAAUUUCAGAAAGUGAACGCCCUGUUCGAACGAGCCUUGAUUCUCCUGAAUAAGAUGCCUCGGGUCUGGGAGAUGUACCUCUCCUUCCUUCUCUUGCAGCCCUCAGUGACCCAAACCAGACGAGUAUUCGAUCGUGCCUUGCGCGCGCUCCCGGUGACCCAACACAACCGCAUUUGGAAGCUCUACAAGAGCUUUGCGCGAUCGGCAUCUGGACAAACGACCGUGAAGACCUGGGCUCGAUACAUGAAGAUCCAUCCGGAGAAUGCGGAAGAGUACAUCGAGCUCCUGAUCAAGAUGGGUCAAUACACGGAGGCUGUGAAGGUCUUUAUGGAUAUUCUCAAUAACCCUCGGUUCCAAUCCAAGAACGGCAAGAGCAAUUUCCAGUUAUGGACAGCAAUGGUCGAUCUGUUAGUUUCGAAAGCCAAGAAGAUCGAAACUGGACCGAAAAAUGGAAUUGAUGUGGAUGCCAUUCUUCGAAGUGGCAUUGAUAGAUUCGCUGACCAGCGUGGGAAGCUUUGGGCUGGCCUGGCCACCUACUGGAUUACCAAGGGGAAUUUUGAGAAGGCGAGAGAUGUCUUUGAGGAGGGAAUCACGACUGUCAUGACUGUACGUGAUUUUACUCUGGUCUUCGAUUCGUAUGCGGAAUUUGAAGAGUCCCUUGUUGGAAGCUUGAUGGAAGCGGCAGCCGUGCGCUCUGAGAAAGGCAAACAUGACGAAGAGGCGGAUUUCGAUCUAGACCUUCGCAUGAUUCGCUUUGAGCAGUUGAUGGACCGACGUUCCUUCCUAAUGAACGAUGUUAUGUUGCGUCAGGACCCUCACAACGUCAUUGAAUGGGAAAAGCGCGUGGGACUCUGGGGCACCAAUAAACAAGAGGUGGUUAACACCUACACGGCUGCCAUUGCCACAAUCAACCCAAAGAAGGCUAAUGGGAAGCUAUCGGAUCUUUGGGUUAACUACGCCAAGUUCUACGAAAACGAACAGGACCUCGACACGGCACGGGUCAUUUUUGAGAGGGCCGUCAAGGUCCCUUUCAAAGCCGUGGCAGAGCUUGCGGAGACGUGGUGUGAAUGGGCCGAGAUGGAACUUCGCAGCGAGCACUUUGAUCGCGCGGUUGAUAUCAUGGCCAAGGCGACACAAGCACCUAAGAAGUCUAUGGUCGACUAUUUCGAUGAAAACUUGUCGCCGCAGCAGCGCAUACAUAAGAGCUGGAAGUUGUGGAGCUUCUAUGUCGAUCUCGUUGAAAGUGUGUCGUCCCUGGAGGAAACGAGAAAGGUUUACGAACGAAUUUUCGAACUCCGAAUCGCGACGCCUCAAACCGUGGUCAACUAUGCAAACCUCCUGGAAGAAAGAAAGUAUUUCGAAGAUUCUUUCAAGAUUUACGAGCGUGGCUUGGAUCUCUUCAGUUAUCCAGUUGCCUUUGAGCUGUGGAACUUGUACUUGACCAAGGCGGUUGAUCGCAAGAUCGGAAUUGAGAGACUCCGCGAUCUUUUUGAGCAAGCCUUGGAUGAAUGCCCGCCAAAGUUUGCUAAGCCUCUGUACCUGAUGUAUGGUAACCUCGAAGAAGAGCGGGGGCUGGCGCGUCACGCCAUGCGCAUCUACGAGCGUGCCACGCGGGCUGUAUCCGAUGAGGACCGAUUCGAGAUGUUCGAGUUCUACAUCACCAAAUCCGCCUCCAACUUCGGUCUCACCUCCACACGGGCCAUCUAUGAGCGGGCAAUUUCAGCCUUGCCCGAUCAGGAAGCCAAGGAGAUGUGUCUUAAGUUUGCUGAAAUGGAGCGACGUCUGGGUGAAAUUGACCGUGCCCGUGCGAUUUAUGGCCACGCCUCGCAGUUCUGUGAUCCGCGCACGAACGCUUCCUUCUGGCAGAAGUGGGAGUCCUUUGAGGUGCAGCACGGCAACGAAGAUACUUUCAAGGAGAUGCUUCGCGUCAAACGGAGCGUCCAGGCUCAAUACAAUACCGACGUCAACUUUAUUGCCUCCCAGGCCAUUGCUCGGAGCCAACAACAAACGCAGAACGGCGAGGAUGGUGUCGAUCAGGCCGAUCAGGCCGAUGCAAUGGCAGCGAUUGAGCGCCAGGCCCGUGCUCCGGUGGGCUUUGUUGCUGCGAGCAGCGGCCCCCAGGGAGGGAACAUUCCCCCGGCUGGCGAAGCUGCAUCAGCAACGGCCAAUCCCAAUGCCAUUGACCUUGACGAUGAUAUGGAUGCUGAGUAG